AUCUUUUCUUAGCUAACGUUUGCCGUGGCGCUGGUUCUGCCCGAAUCCGAGCCUAGGUCUCGAGCUGCAGCAACAGAUCCAGCCGCAGUGCUCGCGUAUCCAUCACUCGAGCUCAGUGUGUGUGCCAGCACUCGCUUCUUUGACCACCCGGUUCUACAUCUGAUUACCUCAAACCAUGUCGGACAGUGAAGAAUACACCUCUUCCGAAGAAGAGGAGGAGGAGCCCCCCAAACCAGUCGCCAAACCAGUUGAAGCUAAAAAGGAUGACGGUAAAAAAUCAGCCGCCGAUGCGGCUAGGGUUAAACAACAGGAGCAAGACCGCAAAAAGGCUGAGGUACGAAAGCGUCUCGAAGAGGCUGCUGCGGCCAAGAAAGCCAAGAAAGGUUUCAUGACCCCCGAGAGAAAGAAGAAACUUCGACUCUUGUUGCGUAAAAAAGCUGCGGAGGAAUUGAAGAAAGAACAAGAACGUAAAGCGGCAGAACGACGACGCAUCAUUGAAGAACGCUGCGGCCAGCCCAAGAAUCUAGACGACGCCAAUGAGGCCCAAUUGAUAACACUGCUCAACGAGUUCCACGCGCGUAUCUGUCGCCUCGAAUUCGCCAAGUACGAUAUGGAGUUCGAAGUCAAAAAGAAAGAUUUCGAGAUCAAUGAAAUCAACAUCCUCGUUAACGACCUCCGAGGCAAAUUCAUUAAACCAUCUCUGCGCAAAGUAUCGAAAUAUGAAAACAAAUUCGCUAAACUGCAAAAGAAGGCUGCCGAAUUCAACUUCCGUAAUCAACUGAAACAAGUGAAAAAGAAGGAAUUCACCAUGGAGGACGAGGAUAAGGAGAAAAAACCGGAUUGGUCAAAGAAAGGAGGAGAAGGCGAGAAGAAGGAAGGGGAAGAGGGAGAAGGCGAAGCACCGGCUGAAGGUGAAGCUGUUGCUAGUGCUGAAGAGGCCCCUGCACCAGUUGAAGGAGCUCCGCCAGCUGAAGGCGCUCCCGCUGAAGCCGCUCCCGCUGAAGCUGGCGCGACGGGUGAACCCGCACCGGCCGAUGUCCCGCCACCAGCUGACGGCGCACCGCCUGCCGAUGCUCCUCCUGCCGACGGGGCACCCCCUGCGGAUGCUCCUCCUGUCGAUGGGGCACCUCCUACGGAAGCUCCUGCCGCGGAAGGAGCUCCACCCGCCGAUGCUCCUCCCGCUGAGGGUGCUCCCCCUGCUGAUGGCACUCCACCUGCCGAAGCCCCAGCUCCAGCCGAUGGAAGUGCAGUACCAGCGGCACCACCAGCUGAGGGUUCCGCCCCUCCAGCAGAAGGCCAAGCUGCCGCAGUAGAUGGGGCACCGCCUGCGGAAGGUGCACCGGCCGCAGCGGCACCACCAGCCGAGCCCGCUGCGACUGAAGCUGCCCCUGCCGAAGCUGCUGCCCCUGCCCCACCCGCUGAGGAAGCGCCUGCUAGUUAGACACUAGUCCAGCCAGCUGAAAACAUACAUGAUUGACGUCUCCAGUGGAAGUCUUCUUGCCUCCUUUAUACCAACGAAUUAGUCAGCUGAAAAUAUGUAAUUGAAAGUGUUCGGGGGUGGCGUUGGGUAACACGGAGAGUGACGGUUGGAUAGGUUUUUCGUUUUUUGUUGUUUUUUUUCCACCUUUUUGUUCAACUUAUUUUUCUCAACACUGUUUGGUUACGUAAGAUACGGAAGGGAUGAGGGGGUUAAUAAAAUGGGAUUUUCGAUUUGUUCAGAACUAUCUUUUAUGCGAUGCAUCUCUUCUGUGUAAUCUUUUGGCUUCAAUCUUUGGACUAAAGAUUUGGUUAAGAACUGAUGAUACGUGCUUCUUAAAGACAACCACCAAAGCUUACCCGCUAUCACAAUACACACAGUUCAUGAAGGA